UUACCUGCCAACUUUUUCCUCACAAGCUUCACCGGAAGUUUAUGAAAUUGAGAACAAUAAGGGUCUUAUGCUGAAAUACUGUUUUUCCAUUUGAAUUGCACCUGAUUGACUAGUGAUCAAAUAUCAAGAGCCAUGAUGCAGAGCCCAAGUAGUAAUGAUUCAAGGCCUCACAGUAACAGCAGUGUUCUUAGUGAAAGGGGACCAAAAUUGCGGGAGGAUGUUUGUAUUGGAGAGGAGGUCAGAAUUUCAUUACACUUGGCAAUUGAAAGAUUUAGACGAAAUGAAGAACAAAAAGAAUUGGAAUUUCCAUCCUCUCUGACAGCAACAGAAAGGGCAUAUGUUCAUCGAUAUUGUGACACAGUAGGACUCAAGCAUAAAAGCAAAGGAAAAGGCAACAAUAGAUUAUUAACGGUCACCAAGAAAGAGUCAAACCAAACUCAAACAUCAGCUUCUUCCUUGAAUAUGAUAAGGAAUUCAAGGCAGCAAAUUUGUAAUUUGCUUCAGAGGUUUCCCUUGACCACCAAAGAAAGACAGGAGCUUAUGCCACAAAUGGAAAGAAAUCCAGCAUAUGAUGCUAACAGGGAUAUUGCCAAAGCAACUAUUGGCAAACUUAAUAAUGGAGUGGCACAAAUUCCUCCUGCCAGAAUUAGCACAGAGUUGGACUCAUUUAGAAGCACUUUGCCAGUUUUUCAACACAAAGAGGAGAUAAUCCGCAGCAUCAACUCCAACAGAACCCUUCUUAUUACAGGAGAAACUGGUUCAGGGAAGACAACUCAGAUUCCACAGAUGAUACUAGAUGAUUGCACAGCAAACAACAAGAGAUGUCGCAUACUUUGUACACAGCCCAGAAGAAUAGCGGCACUUAGUAUCGCUGAAAGAGUGUCAGCAGAGAGAGGGGAGAAGAUAGGACAAACCGUCGGCUACCAGAUCCGUCUGGAGAGCAAGACAUCUCCAAAGACACUUCUUACGUUUUGCACUAAUGGGGUCUUGCUGAGAACGCUGAUGAAUGGAAGCCACUCUUUGUCAACUGUUACACAUGUUAUUGUGGAUGAGGUCCAUGAGAGAGACAGAUUCAGUGAUUUCCUUCUCACAGCCAUUAGAGACGAGCUAUCUAAAUAUCCACACAUGAAACUUAUUUUAAUGAGUGCCUCAAUGAAUGUGGACCUGUUUAUUAGAUACUUCAAUAAUUGUCCUGUACUGAGGUUCCCAGGAAAUCUUUUUGAUGUGGAAGAGCAUUUCUUGGAGGAUGUGCUAAAAUGGACUGGUUACACAAACAAGAAAAUGGAAAAGUUGAAGAAAACCCAACCAGAUGUGGCAAACCAACAAAAACAGCUGAGUCAGUGGUGCAAGAUUCAGAUGGAUGAAGUUCAGACCACAGCUCACUCGGAGGAGAUAGAGGAGAAGAUGGCUAAAGAAUUGUUAGAAGAAGGGAAAACUCCACAAACUGCUGAUGAGAAAGAGGAGCUAGAACCGUGGCUUGUGAAGGAAAUGGAUGAACUUUUGAGUGAGAUCUGGCUGACUGGAAAUGAGGACUGCUUCUCUCAGCUCAUCCAUCUCAUCAAGAGUGAAAAUGUCUCAGUGGACUACCAGCACUCUGAGACCAGCCUGUCCCCCCUGAUGAUAGCUGCUGCCCGGGGUUUUACUGCUAUCGUGGAGCAUCUCCUGACCUUUGGAGCAAAUGUCAAACUCCAGUCUUCAAAUGACUGGACAGCGCUGGAUUUCGCCAAGAGGUUUAACCAUGAAGAAGUCAUUGAAAUGCUGCAAGCUUACAUGAUUGAGUAUGAAAUGGGACCCUCUGAUGAUAUUAAAGCUCUUGAUACAGUAGCAGCAAGGGAGCUCUCAGAGGAAGAGAAAGAACUGCUGAAUUUAUAUCAACACAGCUUUGAUGAUGACAAAGUGGAUAUUGAGCUCAUUCUCUCUCUUGUGAUCAAAAUCUUAUCUACCAGUAAAGAGGGUGCUGUAUUGAUCUUUCUCCCUGGCUAUGAUGACAUUGUGACUUUAAGAGAAGCAAUUGGUGAUAGCAAGAGUAUGGAUAAAUUCAGGUAUGUGUUGUACACCUUACACUCAUCCAUGCAAUCAAAUGACCAGAAAAGAGUGUUUAAAUCUGUACCCCAAGGAGUCAGAAAAAUUAUUCUGGCAACUAAUAUUGCAGAGACUAGCAUUACUAUCAAUGAUGUUGUAUAUGUUAUUGAUUCAGGGAAAGUGAAAGAGAAAGCCUUUGAUGCCUUACUCUCACUGUCAAUGCUGAAGAGUACAUGGAUCUCAAAAGCCAGUGCACUGCAGAGAAAGGGGAGGGCUGGGAGAUGUAGGCCAGGCAUAUGUUACCAUCUAUUCAGCAGAAUCCGACAUAGUAUGAUGCAGGACUAUGCCACUCCAGAAAUUCUAAGGUAUCCUCUUCAGGAAAUAUGCCUCCAUACCAAGCUGAUAGCUCCGAUUCACUGUCCAAUAGCAGAGUUCUUGGCUAAGGCCCCUGAGCCCCCUCCAUACAUGGUGACAAGAAAUGCUGUUCUACUGCUGAAGCAAAUAGAUGCUCUGGACCACUUUGAGGACCUGACAGAGAUAGGCUAUCACCUAGCGGACUUACCCCUGGAGCCGCGGCUGGGAAAGGUUGUGCUGUACUCCAUCGUACUCAAAUGUCUGGACCCGGUGCUGACCAUUGUGUGUGCUCUAGCAUACAAAGAUCCCUUUAUGCUGCCCUCUACUCCUCAUUUGAAGCGAGCUGCCGACCAGGCUAGACGUAUGUACAGCUCCAACACAUUCAGUGAUCACAUGACCCUGCUCAGAGCAUUCCAGGGGUGGCAAAGAGCUCGCACUGACAAUUGUGAGAGAAGUUACUGCGAAAAGAAUUUUCUGUCUUCUGCUUCCAUGGAGAUGAUAGUUGGAAUGAGAACACAACUCCUUGGCCAGUUGAGGGCAUCAGGAUUUGUUCGAGCAAGAGGGGGUGGAGACAUUCGAGACCUGAACACUAACUCUGAAAACUGGGCAGCUGUCAAAGCAGCUCUCUGUGCAGGCAUCUAUCCCAACCUGGCAAAGAUUGAAAAAAAUAAGAACUACAAAAUGUUUUCACAGAAGUCUUCAGGUAUCAAGUUCCACACCAGUUCUGUGUUGAGGAACUCUGCCUCUCCAAAGAAGCCUGCACAGAGUAUUCCCACAGAGUGGAUCUUGUAUGAGGAGAUGAGCCGCUACGAGAGGAGUGCCUAUAUUCGCUGUUGUACAGCCAUCUCCCCAAUCACAGUGGCUCUCUUCACUGGACCCAUCAAGCUACCACCAGAGAGUGUUCGAGAUGGAGCUAAGCAACAUGCCAUGCUACAUGGAGGACUGGAGGACAGCAGUGACAGUGAGGGAGAGGAGAAGGAGGACUCCACCAAAACCACUCUACAGUUUGAUGACUGGCUGUCCUUCAAACUGGAUAACGAGACUGCCAGCUUGGUGCUUCAGUUACGACAUAAAUGGAACUGUCUUUUUCUCCGCAGAAUGAAGGCUCCCUCUAAACCCUGGUCACAAGUGGAUGAAGCUGUCAUCAAGGCAGUGAUCAGUGUCCUGAGUAAUGAAGAACAAUCUCUAGGCUUUCAGCAGCCGGCUGGUAUUGGCCAAAGACCAAGGCCUAUGACUGAGUAUAUGUCGGCUGGUGGAGGGGGCUACAGUAGUUAUGAUAAUGAGGACCACAGCAGCAGCAGAGGCAGGAGAACUCCUGUCACCCCACCCAAGAAACACAGCAAUGUCUUACCCAGAACUCCAAGAGCACCGGGUGACAAUCGGUCAGGAAGUUCCUCCACAGGCAGCAGUCCUAAGGGAAGCCUCCCCACCACCCCCUGCUCCAGCCCCCAGGCUGUUAGCUCCACCCCAGGAAGCCAGGGCACGUCUCCCGUCAAGUACUUCGUUGUCAAGCCAAACAACCAGAAAGCACUGGAUGUAGCUCUAUCAAAGUCUGUCUUUGCCACAACUCCAAAAAGUGAAACUAAAUUCAACAAAGCUAUACAGGAUGGAAAGGAGGUGUACCUCAUCUUCUCCAUGAUUGACAGUGCACAGUUUCAGGGUUAUGCCAAAGUGACAGCCCAGAGCAGCCAGGACAAAUGUCCUGAUAUGUCUGGAGAUGGCUUGGGAGGAACUUUCAAAAUAGAAUGGAUGAAAAAGACUCCAGUGCCAUUUAGAGCAACACAACACAUUUGUAACAGUUGGAAUGAGAAUAAGAAAGUGCAAUACAGCAAAGAUGGACAGGAACUGGAAUAUUCUUGUGGAGAGAGGCUUAUUCAGGUGCUACAGACAUUUGAGCCCAAGCUUUAUGAAGCUUCAUCUGACGAAUUGAAAGAGAGUGAGUUGGAGGAGGACACCUGUAGUGAUAAAGCUUCCAAGUCCUCACACUCGGAGGAAGACAAGGACUUGCUGCUCUCAGACGAGGAACGGUCCAAACACGAGGAAGGGGAUAAAAACUCGAACAGCAGGGGGAGAUAUCCAGGACAUUAUCAAGGUCGACAGCAGCAGGGUUACGAAGGUCAAAGGCCAGGGUCGUAUCCAUAUCCUUCAUCUUCACAGGGUCAUCAGUACUAUCACCAUCAUCAGCAGGGUUAUCAUGGGGGUGGAGGAGGGGGAGGGGGACAUUAUAACUCAAGAAUGUACAACAUGGGAUAUCCCCCACCCAUGGGACCGAACUAUAACCCUAUGUACAUGGGGGUGCACUCUCCCCCCAGACAUCCUCUGUCCUCUGUGAUGAUCCUACAGAGAGGGCAGAGACCUGGAGGUCACUUUAGAGGUUAUCAUCCAGGAUAUGGUUCAGGAUAUCACUAACACAGCCAGAUAUCAAGUGUCUGAAUAUUACUUACUCAACCAGUAUCAAGGAUCAGAAUAUCACUAACAUGACUAGAUAUCAAUGUGUUUACUGCCUUGUUUGCCUGACUAGGUUAAUUCAGAGAUUAUUGACAGGGAUAUCGUUCAGUACAUGUAUAUCACCUACACAACCAGAUAUCUGUAACUACAUUAACCAAUGGUCACCAUGAACACUGAAUGAUACAGCACAAUUCAUUUUUAAAAGGAAGUUUGUACAUAUAUUACAUUGUAGAAUAUUAAAAAGAAAAAACACGUGUAGAUAGGUUUUUUCUUGAGCAGCUUUGCAGAGAAGCUGUUUAGAGGAAAAUUAAUUAUUACUGAUUGUGAACUUGAGAGAUUAUGAUAUGUCGUGUUUUUGAUGUCAUGGGGCAAACUGCCUUCCGCUGAUUCAAAGGUUGUUGAUGAAUAUUAAUAUGUCAUCUUUUGAUAUUUAUAAAUUCUAUUAAUAACUUAUUGCUAGAUGACUUGUUGCUUGAUGAUGUUGUUCAAAGUUCCAUUACAAUUUCAUGAUCGAGACAAAACUCUCUGUCCUCUGAAUUUCUGCAAGAUAUUUAUAACACAAAACAAAACAAUAUUAUUCUCUUAAUUGAUUGAUUUGAAUGAUUAAAAAAAGGAUUUGAAUGAAAUGUGAAUUUAACUAAAUUUAGAUAUUUCACACUCCUAUAAUAUGAUCGAUAUCUGUGACAAUUUAACAGGAUCUUUACAGUGACAAUUUAACAAGAUCUUUACAGUGACAAUUUAACAGGAUCUUUACAGUGACAAUUUAACAAGAUCUUUACAAUGAGACGUAUACUUAAACAGAGGAUUGCGAUGGUUUAGAUUUUAAUUUUUAUUUUUAUUUUUAGAUGUCAGUAAAAAUAAUGAAAUACUUGAGUAUUUGGAAAAACUUCAGAUAUAGAAGUUCAUAAUUUAUUUAAAGUAUAUAUAUACAUGUAACAGCUUAUUUCAUCAAUGUAUGAAAUUGCAAAA